AUGGCAAUAGAUCAAAAAAAUAUACCACAAUUUAAAUUAAUUUUAGUUGGUGAUGGUGGUGUUGGUAAAACAACAUUUGUCAAACGUCAUUUAACGGGUGAAUUUGAAAAGAAAUAUGAAGCUACCAUUGGUGUUAAUGUACAUCCGUUAAAUUUUUAUACAAAUUUCGGUGAAAUCAUUUUCAAUGUUUGGGAUACAGCAGGUCAAGAAAAAUUUGGCGGUUUACGUGAUGGUUAUUAUAUUGGUGGACAAUGUGCUAUUAUAAUGUUUGAUGUAACAUCACGUAUAACUUAUCGUAACGUUCCAAAUUGGCAUAAAGAUUUGAUUCGUGUUUGUGAAAAUAUUCCAAUUGUUUUAUGUGGAAAUAAAGUCGAUGUGAAAGAUCGAAAAUUAAAAGCUAAAUCAAUAACAUUUCAUCGUAAAAAUAAUAUGCAAUAUUAUGAUAUUAGUGCUCGAUCAAAUUAUAAUUUUGAAAAACCAUUUCUUUGGUUGGCACGAAAAUUAGCUGGCGAUGAUAAUCUUCACUUUGUUCAAGCAGUCACAUUGCCACCACCUGAAAUACAUUUGGACGAAAAAAUGCUUCGAGAUUAUGAAGACAAGCUACAAAAAGCAGCAGAUGAACCAUUACCCGAAUAUGAUGAUGAUGACUUAUAA